UUCUAACCAACCACCAGCCUGCUUUAUCUACUAUUGCGCUGGUUUGCUUAUCCGCUCCUCCGUGCCUCUGACAUCUUGAUCGCGUUUCUGCACCUGGGGCUCGUCGGUUUCCGAGUGCAUGCACCGUCUGAUUAGGGUUUCUUGCUAACGCUACUGAUUUGGACCAUCGCGUGCGAUCUGUGGCUGCGUAUGUUCCUGUAGGGGUGUGCGUGUGGUAUCCGCUGCUGGUUUUAGUGCUUAAGGUUACGCCUCCUGCCGCCUCCGUGCAUUGCGGUGUGCGGUGAGCUAAUUGCCGCAUCUAUGGCGUGAGCGGCCUAGGAGACUCUGUCAGGUGUGACAAGGCGUGAAAAGGCGUUACAAGGCGUGACGAGGCGUUGAUACUUACUGCUGUUAUGACAAGGCUUGAGAGGAGAUUGCUGUAGCUUUCGAAUAACCGCUCGGAUUAAACACAAUAACGGGGAUUUCGUUGUCGAGAGCCUUAGACGACCAGCGUUUUGCCCUCUUAGGUUGCUCAGACUGCCGCUUAAAGAAUGCCUGAAGACGGCUCGGAACGACAGUUAGAGCACGAGAGAGAAGCAGCAGGCAAGAAUGAGCAGCAACAGCAAUCACCACAACAGCAACAGCAACAGCAACAGCAGCAGCAGCAGCAACCACAACCACCGCCACCGUCACAACAACAGCAGCAGCAGCCACCGCCGUCAGCAGCAGCUGGACAGCAGCAAGGGCCGCAGGGAGGAAAGAUGGAGUACAAUCACCUCCAGCGCGUGAAGGUGUAUCGCCUAAAUGACGAUGGCAAGUGGGACGACAAGGGCACAGGCCACGUGUCAGUGGAGUACCUUGAGCGGUCGGACGCUAUAGGGCUGGUGGUCAUAGACGAGGAGGACAACGCGACGCUGCUGGUGCACCGCAUCUCAGCAGACGAUAUCUACCAGCGGCAAGAAGACACCAUCAUAUCUUGGACGGAUCCCGAGGUGGCAACAGACCUGGCGCUAAGUUUCCAAGAAAGCAUGGGCUGCUCCUACAUAUGGGAUCAAAUAUGCAACGUGCAGCGUCAAGUGCAGGUGCCUUCUGGUGCAGAGGGCGGAGGGGCAGGAGCAAGGGACGAGGUUGCGAUCCACGAAGCAUCUCCGGAGAAUGCUUUGGAAGCAGCAGCAGACAUGUCCGAGUUACCAGCAGUGGAGCUCAGAAACCUUCCGGUCAUUGCCAAGAUGCUCACAGACGUGCCUCUGUUUCAUAAGGACCGCAUUGCCUCGCUCGCUUUACGAGAGGGCUACGUGCCCAAGCUGCUGGACCUCUUCCGCCAGUGCGAGGAUCUAGACAACACGGACGGGCUGCACCAGCUGUACCGCAUCGCCAAGGGGCUAGUGCUCCUGAAUGACACCAACCUGUUCGACCUCCUCUUUGCUGACAAUGCCAUUCUGGACCUUGUUGGGGCUCUUGAAUACGACCCCGACCUGCCGUCGCGGCAGCAGCACCGCAAGUUCCUGCUGGAGCAAGUGGAGUACCGCGAGGCCGUGCCCUUUCAGGACCCUGCCCUGCUCUCCAAGAUCCACCAGACGUACCGCCUGGGGUACAUCAAGGAUGUGAUUCUACCCCGGGUUUUGGACGACCAGACAUACGGGACAAUCAACUCCCUAAUUUUGUUCAAUAAUGUGGAGGUGGUGUCCACCCUGCAGGGCGACAAGCCCUUUCUUGUGGACCUUUUCUCCCAGCUGCGAUCCAAAGAACCCUCCUCCCAGGCGUUCAGAGACCUGGUCCGCUUUCUUCAGGAGUUUUGUUCCCUGCACAAACACCUGCAGAUAACACAGAGAAACCAGUCCUUCAGUGCACUGAUUGGCCUGGGCCUCUUCGAAAUCGUCACCACCAUCCUUCAACACUCUGACGCCUCCCUCCGUCUCUGCGGUACGGACAUCCUCAUGUCGGCCCUUAGUCCCGACCCCGCCCCCCUGCGCACUUUUCUGGUGGAGCAACCCGGCCACACGCUCUUCUCCUGCCUGGUCAAGGGCAUGGUGGAACGCAGCCACGGAGAGGCGGGCCCACACGUUCAGUUGCUAGAGAUUUUGAGGCAGCUGCUGGAUACAGACACCAUGGAGACGGCUGAGAAGAACAAGUUCCUAGACGUGUUCUAUGAGGAGUAUGUGGACGUGCUUGUGAAGGGGAUAACCACUGCCGCCGCUGCUGCCGCUGCUGGUGGGAGGGCGGAUGGGGGCACACAGGGAGUGGGCGGGGCACUAGGAGCCACAGCAGGAGGGGGAGGAGUAGGAGGAGCGGGUGGUUCGCCGGCUCCCGAGGUGCUUGCGAGUAUCUGCGACCUGCUGUGCUUCUGUGUGCUCCACCAUAGCUUCCGAAUGAAGUACUACGUGUUGCGCAACAACGUCGUGGAGAAGGUGCUGCGGCUGGUGAAGCGGCGGGAGAGGUACCUGGUGGUGGCUGCAGUGCGCUUCCUGCGCGCCUGCAUCAGCCUCAAGGACGACUUCUACCUGCGCUAUCUGGUCAAGAACCGCCUGUUCGAGCCAGUUGUAGCGGCCUUCAGAGCCAACGGCAGCCGCUACAACCUGCUCAACUCCGCUGUGCUGGACCUUGUUGAGUUCAUCCGCAAGGAGAACAUCAAGUCUUUAGUCACCCAUCUGGUCGAGACCUAUGGCUCCUGGUUUGACUCCGUUGACUACGUUGACUCGUUCAAGCUGCUGCGCCUCAAAUACGAGCAGAACCUUGAAUCCAUGCGGCCUGCAGAGGAGCCCUCGGCUGCCCCCCCACCCUCCCACUUGCCCCGGGCCACAGCCGUCAGCGUGCAAUCAAGCGGUGACAGGUGGCGGCACGAGAGUGGUGGUGGGGGUGCAGCAGGAGGGGGAGGAGAAGGUGGGAGGGGUGGGGAGGGGAUGGAGAGGGGGGGGCGAGUGAGGGUGGAGAAGAGGAGAGUGCGGGAGGAGAGGGAGUUGGAGAGAGAGGAGGAGGACUACUUCGAGAGUGGAGGGGACAGUGACGAGGAUGAGCCAGCACCAACCCAGGAGGAGCUGGACGACAGCCUGCCUGUGCUGGACCCCUCUGGCACGCCUCCCCUGCCGCGCCGCAAGUCGCGCUCGCCCUCUCCGCCCCACGCCCUCAUCAACGGUGCCAUACAGCAAGACCCUGGCUCCAGGAAGCCGCCUUUUGGCCUUGUGGAUUACGAGGAUGAGGACGACGAAGACCGCCCCUCUUCCUCCUCCUCCCCUUUCCCUCCCAGCCCCCGACCCUCCUCCGGCUCUCCAGCCUCGGGCCGAGGCUUCGAGGCUCGGGGAGAGGUUCGGGGAGAGGCUCAGGGAGAGGCUCGGAAUGGGCCGAAGCGGAUCAGUACGGGAGGAGCAGGCUCGGGAGGGAGGGAUGGGUCAGCCCAAGCCCAAGGAAUGCAAAAGAGGCGAAAAUCGGCCGAUGGUGGGGGUUUCAGGAGAAUAUCUGGGGGUAAAAUAGUCGUGGGGGGGAAGGGGAAGCUUGGGGCUAUGCUGGCCCGAUCUGCUCUGGUGAAAAGAGGGGGAGAUGGGGGGGGGAAUAAGGGAGGGGGGGCGAAGGGGGAGGAGGAGAGGGAGAGGAUCAAGCAAGAGAGGAAGGAAGAGGUGAGGGGGAAGAGGGUUCUGGCUCGGGGCAAUCAAGCAAGGAGAUGGGCAGGGAGGAGGGAAGCAGGAGAGAUGAAAGGAGUGGCAAGGAGGAGAAAAUGAGUAAGAAGCCUGGAGCAAAAGAGAGCAACGGAGGCCCUAGCAGGUGCAGCAGGGCCGCGGGUCAGGCCUACCCCAAACCCCCCUCUCCCUCCUCGUCGCCGUCUUCCCCCUCUCCCAUGUCCUCUCCUUCAUCCUCGCCAAGAGCAUCUCCAUCACCGUCAUCGUCACCCAAAUCGUCACCAAAAUCAUCGGCUUCACAGUCGCCUAAAUCAUCCCCAUCCCCAUCACCUCGAUCGUCCCCCUCGCCGUCGUCGUCACCGCCCGCAUCGCCGAAAGGAGCAGAAACAGCAGAAACAGCAGAAACCGGAGGAACAGUAGCAGCAGCAGGAGCAGCAGGAGGAAGAGGAGAAACAGCAGCAGCAGCAGCAGCAGGAAGAGCAGGCGAAACGCCUGAUGCUGCGAAGGGGUUGGAUAAUCUGCAAGGCGGUGAUGGAGCCUUGUCUGACAAGGCGUCUACGGGUGCUCCGCAGGAGAAAGUUCAGGAGUACCUUCAGGAGAAGGGGGAAGGGGAAGGCAGAACAGGGGGGGGUGGACUGGAGGGUACACCUGCACCUGCGGGUGAUUUUGGCUGCACAGGCAAUGGCACUUCGGGUGAAACUAACAAGAGUGAUAACAGCGAGAGUGUGCUAGGAGAGAAUAAGGCAGGCACAACUGGUGGAGGGGCCAUUCAGGGUGAUAGUGGCAGCAAGCGGCGAUCAGAAGGGGAGGGGGUGAGGGAUUGGGGGGAGGAGAGGCACGAGCACAAGAGAGCAAAGGAGGGCGCUCCUGUUGCACUCUGAAUACUCUCGGCUUACACAUUAGUGCGCUUUGGUUGUGCGCCGUGGCGAGAGAAUGAGGGGAGCUGCAUUGCUCUGGGUACAUUUCAUUGCAUUCUCUUGAUGGGGCAUAGCCUGCACUGCCAUAAGCUGGCCCCAGGUCAUUGGUUUUAGAUAGAACAUGAUGCGAGUUCGGCAUGUAGAUUGCAUCUACAUGAAAUUUGACAUCUAGAAAUCCUCAGCUGCAAUAUUUCCUCAUCUGUUCAUUUUGGUGGCACUUCUUGUUGCUCAUAUUG